AGACAGAGAAAGAGCUCGAACUCGAGCUCGAACACGAGAAAGAGAAAGGGUGAGAGAGAGAGAGGGGGCAGAGAGAGGAACAACAGAUAAGAGGAUAAAACGCGCGUGUUACGAUAAGAGAGAAGAACGGUCAAAGAGGAAGAAAGAAAAGAGUUAACCCAUAUGAAAUACAACGCAACGUGUUCCUAAAUAGUAUUGGAUGAUAAAAGCGUGUUAAGUGCAACAGAUAAGAUAAUAAGAAGAGAAAUUAUAGUUAGUUAGUUACUCUUGAACUUAUUUACUCUCGGUCAUUUAUUUACUUUGUUUUUUUUUCCUUUUUAUUUUUUUAUUAUUAUUAUUAUUAUUAUUAUAUAUAUUUCGUUUAUACGAUCAUGUAACCCGCGAAGACGAUGGGAAGAAAAGUGUUGUUGUUGUUGGAGUAUCAGUAUCAUCAUCAUCAUCAUCAUCAUCAUCAUCGACGUGGACGACGCGGGAUCGGACGAUCGGAUGUUUCUUCUUCGCGCCGAAAUUCGCGAGAAGUUACGAGAACGUGGGUUGUUCGUCGAUAAAUUCCCUAUAUUCUUCCUAAGAUUUUUAUUCACAUUCUCUAUACAUCUUAUUCCUUUUGCUUCCAGCUAUACUCCUUGUCGUAGCGUUUUAUCAAUGAAAUUCUGGGACUUGGUCUCAUCCAGAUCCACCGUCGGAUUGGUUCCACCAACGAAAAAAUCCCCUUGAAAAUUUGUUCGAUUUAUUUUAAAUCCCCGUCCCAUACUUAUAUAUCAUCCUGCCCUCUCCCCUCUGCCCAAAUAAAAAGCAGUUUCAUUGUUUGGUGUUAUCGAGUGCGUUGCUACGUGAAAUUAACAAGAAUUCGUUUUCUUUCUUUCUCUCCUUGCCCCCCUUCCCCCAACUUCUUCACGGGAAGAGUGUAAGUGGACUUAUUUGUGUGGAUUUUUCGGUGUAUACAUAUACGCUUAUCUUUUAUUCUCCAAUUUUGGGAAUAAUUCGAAAUAAUUGUUCGAGCAUUUAAGGGAAAAAUAGUUCGUGUUACAAUUGUGUCGGGACUAAUACUAUCGAUUUUAUCUAUUUGAAAUAAUCAAAACAGUGUCGGUCGCGUUAAUCAAUUGAUCGAUCGAUCGUGAAACAUUUGCGUGAACAGUGUAUUACUUAUUGCGAUAAGAUCAAAAUAAGAAAAUAAAUCAAAACUGUGGCGUUAUUUGUCAACGUUAAUAUCAUCUCUGAGGGAGUCAAAUUACAGAAGGUUGGGGAUGCGUGUGACUACGACGUGGGUAGUAGCUAACAACAACAACAACAACAAUAACAACAAGAACGGAUGUGCUCGUAAGAAGAAACGAUUUCAAGGAGGAUUCACCGGAAGCUCUGCUCGUAUUCUUGCAAGCUUAACCGGGGGUUUAGUGAAUUAAAGAUUUCCAUGGAAUAAAUGACACAGGAUGACGAUCACUAUGAAGUAUUAUCGCAUCGUACUUACACUUCUCGGGGGUACUCAUCUCCUGCAAGCUCAACCAUCGGCCUCACCGCUCAUCAAAAGUAUUGGUGAGUCCGGCGGUAGCGUGAGCAGUCUGAACGUCGAUCACGGAAAACCGACGAACUCGUGGGUAAGGCCGCAGUUCGAUGACAUUGCACCAAAAAAUAUCACUGCCAUUGUUGGUCAAACGGCGGAACUGAAUUGUUACGUCAAACAUCCAGGCGAUCGUGUGGUCUCAUGGAUACGUAAAAAGGAUUUACAUAUACUAACGUCGUCGGUUCACACAUACACGGGAGACGCGAGAUUUUCCGUUAAACAUCCAGAAUCUUCGGACGAGUGGACGUUGAAGAUUGAUUACGUGCAACCACGCGAUGCAGGAAUUUACGAGUGCCAGGUCAACACCGAGCCUAAAAUGAACUUAGCCUUCACGCUGAGAGUCGAAGAAAGUGCCCCUGUCCCUGCCACCACUGCACCGAACUCCAUCCGACGGACAUUCAACUCAGCUGCUCAAGCAAAGAUUCUGGGACAAGAGGACGUCUACGUGAAAAAGGGUAGUACGAUAAGCCUCACGUGCACUGUUAAUGUGCAAAGUACACCCCCAAGCAGCGUUGCGUGGCGUCACGGUGGAGCCGUAGUGGAUUUCGACAGUCCCAGCUUUCACCACAGGGGCGGGAUAUCCUUGGAGACCGAGAAAACUGAAAGCGGCACGACUAGCAGACUUCUCGUAACACAGGCAAGAUUGACCGACAGUGGAAAUUACACAUGCACUCCUAGCAACGCGAAUCCUGCUAGCGUUAUGGUACACGUUCUCAACGGCGAACAUCCAGCAGCCAUGCAACACGGUGGUAGUUGCGGCAUAUUCUGUUCCGUACCGAUCAUCCUUCUAACCGGUUCUACUCUUCUGAUCUCGAACCUGCUAAGGUGAGCGGUCCCCCUUGUUGUGUGAAACAUCGAAGCUAAACAAGAUAUUAGAUAUUAGAAAUGAAGAAUCGUCCUAAAAGAAAAAAAAAAAAAAGAAAAAAAAAAGAAUAUUAUAAGGGAAAAAUAACUACGAGAGUGUUUAAAUCGAUAUCGAAUAAUGAUGAUGAUGAUGAUGAUGAUAAUAAUAAUAAUAAUAAUAAUAAUGAAGAAGAAGAAGAAGAAGAGGAAAAGAAAAAAAAAAUAAGAAAAGAAAUAAAAUAAGAAAAAAAACCAAAGUAUAAUCAAAAAAUAACAUUAAUCGAAUCGAGAAUAGAGAAGAGAUCAGAUGUGAUUCGAAAGACAAUUUCGAAUGUGCGAUUCACGGAUAUACGGGAGACAAAAAUAAAUAACGCGCACACGAGUGAUUUGCUAUGACAACAAUCUAAAGGAUACGUAAUUUUAGUGACAACAAAUUCAUACUUACGAAUGUAAUAUCGUAUUACAGAAUCAAUAGUCGGACUAGGAACGAAACCUAACGAACGAAUUCAAAACCCUAAUUCUACGAAACGAGAUCGUAACUGUCUGUACGUGUGUUGUUGGGGAAGAAAAAGGGAAUAUAUCGAAGAUAUUCCCUUUUUUACUAUUCAUCUAUUCAAAUAUUCCUUUUAUCAUCGAAUCAAUUCCAAUACUCUAAUAAGGGAAAAUUUGGGAAUUAUAAUGAUUCGUUAAGAAUCGUGUGGUGUUUCUAAUUUAAUUAUCGUCGAUGAUCGAGAUCACAUUUAUUAUCGGCGUAACCUAUAUUUAAAAUAAAAAACAAAUCUAGAUAGUGGGAUAAGUUAAACAUUUGUAUAUAUAAAAGCGGAUGUUUGGAUGUUGUUAUGGUUCGACGUAACCUCGAUGUACAGACUAAGGCGUUUAUAUAUAAAUAUACAUAUAAAAAUUAUUCGCGAAAAGAAAAAAGAAGGAACGUUCGUUCGUUUCUUAACGUUAAGUUCGAAACUAGCGUUGUAUAUAUAUAUAACUUAUAUAUCUGAUCGAUCACAUUAUCGUAAACGCUCAUCGCUUAUCGCAGAUUAUAGUUAAAGUAAGAGAAAAUAAUCAUGCUCGACGAUAUUCCGUUAAUUUUUCUUCCUUUAUUUUUUGUUUCCUCUUUUCGAUAAAACAAUUUUAUAAUUUUUUUUUUCUCCCCACGCACGUGUUCGCCUAACUAUCUAUUUCUACAUUAAUUUGAAAAUAUGGAUUUUUCUUUUCUAAUUUCUAAAUUAUUUCUAAACGUUGAAAACGUUUAAAUAGAAAAUACGAUUGCUGGUUGUUGUGUCGUCUCUAAUAUUUUACAUAUCUUCUCUCGUUAAGAACAACGGCCCUUCGAUCCGUGGGUUUAAAUCGUAAAAAUAUAAAUGUCGAGUUUAAAUAGUAGAAAUAAUCAAAAAUCGUAACGAGGUGUUUAUAGUUAAAAAAAAAAAAAAAAAAAAAAAAAAAAAAAAAAAAAAAAAAAUAAAAGUAAAAGUAAAAGAAAAGAAAAGAAGCGUUUUGAGUUAGUUCUUUUUAUGCAAAAAUUUUAUAUUAUAUCUUCUUUCUUUUUUCUCUUUCUCUCUAUUUUUUUUUUGUUUUUCUUCCUUUUUUCCCACGUUCCUGGAAUAUAAAACGAAUAACGCGUCCCCUCUCGAGAGAGUCAAAUUUCCGAAUCGAAUGCGCGCUCGUUCGAGAACUAGAUAAUCGAAUACGUAAACGUAACGUAAAGAUAGAACUUAAUUAUUUGCACUAUAGCAUAUUCAUUAGAUAUAUUAACGAUUUAAAUAUAAAAUUACCAAGAACGAGAGAGAGAAUAAAAAAAGAAAAUCAACAAGAACAACAACAAGGACUAUCGUAAGGCCUAGAACCAUAAGACUACUUUACCUUUAAAAUUAUAUAAAUUUUUUAUAACCUUGUAUCCCGGGGAGAGAUUAGAGAACGAUGAGAAGAACAAACCAAAAAAGAAAUAAACCGUGUGCGAGAACGAAACGGAGAUCGAAAGAAUGUGCGAAUGAAAAACCGGAUCGUGAUCUAUUAUAAUAUUAGUUCGUUGUAUAGUUUAUGAAAGAAAAAAAAAAGAGAAAAAAAGAAAAAGAAAAAAGAAAAAAAAACAUUGAAAUUUACGUCGUUGUGAAAGGACAAUAUCUUUAGAACCAAAAAAGAAAAAGGAAAAACGUAACCCAAAAAGAAAAAAAAAGCACAGAGGGAAAACUUCUUACAAGCGAUAUCGAACGAGAACUGCGAUUGAUUGAUUGAUUGAUUGAUUGAUUGAUGGUUGAUUUAUUGAUUGAUUGAUUGCAGAAUGGUGUGAUAUAUUAUAACGCUUUUUGGAUUUUCUAUAAUUAAAUGAUAUUUACAAAAUAUAUAAUUAAUAUUGAAUGAGAUUCAAUUUGUUUCGAGUUGAAAGAGUAAGGCAUUAACAAAAAAAAAAAAGUGAAAAAAAGGAGAAAAAAAAGCGAGAUAACGUUAUGCUAUUGACGUGUUGCGUGAUUAUAAUAAUUGAAAAAUGUAUAUUGCUCGAGGGAAAGUUAUUAUGAACGAGGAUUGUUCGUUUAUUUGUUAUAAUACAUAACUUGUUAAAAGAAAAAAGAAAAAAGAGAAAAAGAAAAAGAAAAAGAAAGAACAAGAGAGACAACGAAGAUUAUUUUAUUGGAAAUAUUACUGAUACGAAUUGCGCGCGUUUGGUUUUUCUUUUUGUUUUUUUUUUUUUUUUGAAACUUUCUUCGUUGAUUUGGAUUUUAUUUUGUUUUUUUUUUCUUUUUUUUUUUCAAACGAUUCACGAUAGCAGCUUAAUGCGUGGAGGUGUGGUCGGGGGGUGAAGGGGGACAGCGAGAAUAACAAAAACAACGGUAGUUUGCGGCCCGUUCUCGCAUGAAUUUUCGCGCACGAAAUAAUGACGACGAACGAAUGAACGUAGAAAGAUAUCGAGAGAUGAAAUAAAAUAAUAAGAAAAAAAAACACACAUCAUACACUCACCCGCAUGCAUACACACACUCGUACACACACACACAAACUAACGUGCAAACAAUUAUAGCUCAAUUGUGACACCUAGCUCAUUGAUAUCUGCGACUCGUAUCCUUACCGAAAAAAAAAAGAAAAAAAAAAAAUAUUGUACACUAAUUUAACGAAUAAGUCCUAGAAAAAGAAGCAUUGUAUAUAUAAAAAAAAUAAUAAUAAGAUUCAUAAUCGACACACACUGUAUCACGUUAUACGCGAAAAGAGGUCGACGUAAAUUUAAAGAAAAAAAAAAGAUAAAAAAAAAACCAAAAAAUUAUGCGAAAACCCAGAGUGCAAGCAGCAGCAGCAGCAGCAGCAGUAGCAGCAGCAAACGAGCAAAAGUGGAAUAUGAAUGAUGUUGAAACGAAGGAAGAAAAAGAAGAAGAAGAAGAAGAAUAAACAUUAAAUAAAAAGAAAUGGAAAUAAUAUUAGAUGAGAGGAAAUACGAGGGACAGAAAAUUAUAAUGCGGCGAGGAAUAUUAUACUGUAUAAAAAAAAAAAAA